GUCAUUGAAUGUCUUGUCCUUUUAAUCCUCAAUUUUGGCGACGAAAAUGACUGAUACAGAAGAUAUUAGUUCCAGCCGUCCUUCUUGCUCUUCAUGUGCAAAACUACGGGAGGUUUGUAACACAUAUUUACAAGAUUUCCACGUUCCCACAACGUUCUAGCAGCGUUUCGAACAUACGGUGUUUGAAACGCCAACAUAAUGUUAUGAUUCUGAUAUUCACUUACGACAAGUCAAGAAAACGAUUUAUUGCGUUGUAGCUGCAUACCUAACGAUUUAAACAAUCUUUUAAGAAAAAAAAGGCCUUGACAGUACUUAAUUUUUUGCGUUGUAUAUAUGACGAAAAAACAUGUUUUCAGCCCCCCCUUGGAUUGAUCACAGCUCAACAUUUAAAUUUACUGAUGUGCGAUUUCAAGGUGUGUUGAUUAACACAAAGAGGUCUAAAAUACUGUAAAACAAGUUUGAGAAGUGCAUGUUCAUGCUAAAUGCGAAUGUAGACCCUUUCAUUUUUUGCAAUUUUGAUUGAAACCUGGUUUUUUAUUAGGGAAUGCGAAUUUCCAGUGACACCACUGGAAAGCUUAAGAGCACCUUCAAAUUCGUGAACUUGUCAUCUGAAGCCAGCAAAGAUAAAACUCUGCAAAAUUUUACAGACUGAUAUUUGUAUAUUGGGGGACACAAACUGGGGCUCCACUAUACAAGCAUCUAUGAAAAAUUUCACGAUUUUGCAGACCAUAUCUUCAUUUGUUUUCAACAAAAAAAUUGGCAAAUAUACUGAAUUUAAGGGUUUUUUCCAGCAGUGCUGGGCCCAGUUAUUUAACAGAUGGAUAACGCUAUCCACUGGAUAAAUCUCUAUCCAGUGUAUGGUGCGAUUGGUUUUGUUUGCCCCUCCAGCCAAGAUGGCAUCAUAAACCGUGAAAAGGUCUAUUGGUCAGGAGCCAGCUCCUGUAUUGGUCCAUGUCAAAAAUUGUGGGGGAGGAGACAAGGUCUGUGGACCAUUCCCAUGAGGGUGUGACUGGUGCAUGUGAAAUUCAUUCUCAUGCCAACGGAAUUUUUUUUGUCUUCUAUGAAUAAUUGGGGCUAUGAAGCAAAGGAAAUUCUCAAUCAAACAAGGUUAAAUACUGGUUUAACCUAAGAGCACAGUGGCAGAUCCAGGGGGAGGGCCUAGGUCCCCCCUUUUUUUUAGACCAAACUGAAGCCAGAAGGGCCAAAAAAAAGUUUUUGGCAACCCCCCCCUCCUUCUUCAAGGGCGGGGGGACCCCCCCCCCCCCCCAUCUCAGGGUCUGGAUCCAGCACUAGAGCAGAUAUUUAGCAGUUAAUGAAUGAGGCUGAGUAUCUUAUGAAGAAUUAUGGAGAUCGAGGAGGGUACGGCCUCGACGGAUAACACCCUCCGAGAUCUCCAUAAUUCUUCAUAUGAUACGAAAGCCGAAUUCAAUAACUGUUUGAUUAUUCAUUCAAAAUAAUUCCUAGUUUAAAAACAUAGCUAAAACAUGCUUACCUCCAUCGAUCCAUCGAUGUUCAGUUCAUCUUCGAUAGUGCACGUUUAGGUUUGUCCAGCUCCGCAAAUAUUCUCCAAAUAGCAGAUGUCGCCCUUCGAAUUGUCUUCUUGCUGUUCUUGCCAUAUUUUUAGCUAUUUUUUCGCCUAGUUCUUACUCUUGAAACGAGUGAAAUGUCCGCCAUUUUUUCAAGUUCACAACCAAAACAACUCAACCUCGUCCCCAGGUCCUCUUGGUUAACGGUGCCUUAACCUGUACGAACGCUGCAUUUUUGACGUAAUUUCCUCGUUAAAGUCAAAUUUCUUCCAAAUUUGGUCAUCAGUAACUGGUUAUGGUGAAUUAAACGUGUGCUUUUAGCCAAUCAGAAUCGGGGAAAUAUUUUGAAUGAAUAAUAAUACCAAUUAUUAUUUGUUGAGCAGGUCUGUAGGCUUCUCUUAGGUGAUUGUGAUCUUCUGAAAAAACUAACUUAUCUAAACAAAAAUCAGGGUGUAAAAUAAUUAAAAUUACUAGGCAUACUUAAUUAAAAUAAUGAUUUAUCUUUUCACUUGGGGAACAUGUUGUGCCAAGAUUAUUUACCAUAAUGUGGACAAAAUUUUAUGGUGAUACCAUUCAAGUAAAACCUCUUUUGAAAGAACCUUCCAAAAAUACUAUUUCUUUUGCAGAUCCACAGUUAUAAUUAUUACUAUGGAAUUCCACUCAUUUUAGGCCUCCAAUUGAAAAGCAGUUAUGACAUAGUGAUAUUGUGGCAACAACAAUUUGCAGUCCUGUUCAAAUUUUUACUAAUUUUCCUUUCAUUUCAGGCUCUUGAGGCUUCAAAAAAAGAACAUUCACUGACGCUGAAAAUAGUCAAGGAAAAGAUUAUAUCCACAGAGUAGGUAGACAUCUCUUGUUUUACAUGUACCAAGGCAGUUUUUUAAGAAAAAUUGAAGGAAGCCUAGUAAUCUGAAGCCGCAAAAUCUAAGGUAUAUUCAAGGAUUUUCUAGUCCCCUGGGAGCAAUAGUUAGGUGGCAGGGGCCAGUGGGGACUGUUACAGCACAGCCUUUUGUACAAUAAAUACCACUGUCAUUAGUCUUACUGCUUUUGUUGUUAUACUGGUAUUUUUUUUCUAGCAAGGGUGUCACUAACAUGUGUGGUGUACAGAAUCAGAUUCAUAUGAAAGUAGCCAAAGAUCAUGCUCGUAGGUUGCCGCAGGAAAUUCCUUGCCAGCAGCCCUUACUGACAUCCCUUUUCUUGGAUGAAGAGGAAGGGGUGUGGCAUUUUUUCUAGAUUGCAUAGUUGAUGUCUUGCUCAGAAAAUUCAGAAACCCUGUUAGACCAUUUUCCACACUGUUCUUUGUACUCUUCACAUACACACAUCCUUAUAAAUAUGGAUUCUUAUAGAAAAGGCUGACACUGUUCCAUGUUAAAGCAUAUAGUGUUGGCCCCCACGGUGUCAUGAUAUUUAUCAGUAUUUAUAUUUUUUUUCGUUUUUAGUGAGCUGAUAAGAAAAUACCAACAGAAAUGUCUUGGUAUCCUUUUAAUAGUUUUUACUUAUGUUUUAGUCUCUUAGUAUAUGCAGUUAUUAUUCAUUUAGAAAGGGGUACCUUUUACAGCUAGGUAACUUUAGUCACAAUGGCCUUAAUCCAGAAUAGAUUGUUCAUGGUCCCUCAUUUUCCCGUAAGUUGGGAUUGAGCACUUUACAUUAUGGGCAGCCAUCUUGGAUGAGUGUCAAAUCUACUUAGAGGUCAGCGGACAGUUUGGAAGGAAGGGAGAAAAAAAAGAGCUUUUUUCCUUCCCUCCCUCCCCCCAAUGAUUUAAACCUGAUACCCACCCCCUCGGUACAUAUGAAACCAAGAUGGCCGCCCAUACCGGUAAGCUCUCAAUCCUGAUGAUCUUACAAAAAAAUAGGAGACUGUGAACAGCCUAAAUCCAGGCACAAGUUGUAAUAUUUUGUGCAAUGCUACAUGUUAAUUGCAGCAUGUGUCCACCUUUGAAGUUUGUCACAUUUAAGGCAAUGAAAACGAUCAUAUUUAACAGUAAUUGCAUGUUUCAUGCUCAAAAGAAGGGUGCUGUUUAUUUGUUUUAUUAAUGAAAUUUUUUUUAUAAUCAAUUGUUUCAUGAAUCUAAGAGACAGUGGUGUUGCAUUGAUGGGGCACGUUGUAAAACCAAAGAAAAAAUUUAUCUUACAAGUUGACGAGGGCAAAUUGAUAUUUAUGCUGCACAAUAAUGCAUGAUGAAGAGAGCAACGUAUUCUCAGAGUUGAGUGUAAUGGCUUAACAGCUAAUUUCCAUCUGUUUUGUACUGUGCUCAGGCUAAAACAUACUCUGCUGAAGACAAUUUUUUAAGAUAGCAAUUGGGUUCCACAUGAUUUUGCUACGUUCAAAACAAGUCAAAUUUUAACUCGAUCCAUUGGCCGUGAAUUUUUGUCACCAGCUGUAUUAACUGUAAGUUUAUAGUUUUCAUAAGAAUUUAGUAUUCUUGGCGCCACACAAGAGCAUUGCUGAACUUAAAACGUCCAUGUGUAGACUUGAUAUGCAAAUUCAAGUGUCCUAGUUUGCUGUAAGAAAUUGCAGUUGGUUGAAGGUCGUAAGGGCCAUUUUACUUUUGUAAACGUCUUUUUGUUUGACAAAGCCUUUCUGUGUAGAAAGCUGUGUACAGUACACUAUUUUUCCUGGUCAGUAGGGACCAAGGAAAUUAUCGCUUAAAAGACACUUCUCAUCACAUCUUUUUCUUUUCGUCCAAGAGCAAAAAAGGAGAAACUGCCGUUGAUGUAAUGUCAUUGUGGUGAUAAGAGUGAACAGGUUGACUAAGCGUAACUGGCUCACCAGUCUUGUCGCAUGGAAACCAAGACAAACAAUUUGCUUUCUUCAAAAUAUUUACUUGCUCAUUGUUUACAAAACAGUUUUCUCGCUGUCUUCACCACUGAAGCUCUAAGGCCACGCAUUCGCCAACAAUACAGAAACGGGUUUAUGGAUGAGUUCAUGAAAACCAGCGUGGUGGCAAAACUCCACCCUUUGUGCCAAUUUUUUUCCAAGAGAUACAGUGACAAAAACGUCGACAUUGGCAAGUAGAAGAGUACUAUCACAAUAAAGAACAGAAAAGAAUUCAUCGCACUCUUUUUCAAUUGCUGCAUAUUUGAGAUGAUACGUGUGUUCUCGUUUAGGGAGUUUAUCGCUUGUCGCUGACACUGGAUCUUUCUUUGCUGGCGGCGAACGAUUGUAAAUAUUCUUAUGUAAGAGCAUGUUGAAAUUGUGAGGCAAAGGGAAACACCUAGUGCUAUAAUAAAAAGAUAUACAGUCAUGCUCCAGAAGUAUACUCCUGACAAUAAGAAAAUCGCAAUCCACAUAAGUACUAGAGUGAUCUUGAUGCGAGAGGCGGUCACGAUUGUAGGAUACCUCAAAUGAUAGUGGAGAGCGAGGAGUCGAUCCACGCUUAUGGCUGUUAUCGAACACAGAGAAAUACCGCAUGUGGCGAAAGACAGGACAAACCAUAUACUAUCUAGAGGAAGCGAUGUGACUAAGCCGCUUGUAAUGUAUAGUGGCUGUACAACAACACCAACUAGAAGAUCUGAAACAGCGAGGCUGCCCAAUAAAAGUAUGGACGGCGUGCGCAGCGAAGGUGUUCUUGAUAUAGCGGCAAGUAUUAAAGCGUUACCCAUUGUAGCUACCAGCAUCAAAGGAACGUUUAUGGCGAGGUUUAUGAGGAGAAGAGGAGACAUACUGAGGAGAAGAGAAGACAUACUGGGCUUGAAGUUGGAAGCCUUCAUAUAAAACAAAUCCUACCAUAUGGACGAAAGUCCCUUAAUGCGAUGAAAAUUUGGCCUCAAAAUGACUUCGCUUAAAUUGUCCUCUAUUUAUCGAAUUUAAGGAGAUUGAUUUUAGCUGGGUAAAUAUCUCUCGCGAAAUUGUCAAUCUAGUCUCAAGUACGUCCAUUUAAUGACCAAUAUUGCCUUUACAAUAUGGCCUUUUAUCUAUUUCUGGAAAAAGGAGAUCUCGACAAUAUUAUACCGUGAUAACUUACAAGAAAAUAAGUGCCAGUAUGAAUUGCAGUGAAAUCAACUUACAAUACAAUGUUUCUCUUUAAAUUUUUUAUUAUUCAAUUUAUUAAUUUGGGUUUUAUAAUAUCGAGAUGUUUCCUGAAAUGUCGGAGGCAGAGUUCAUUUGACUCUACGUGAGUAAAUAAACUAAGUGUUGGUUGCAGUUAGUCGAAACUUUUUCUUAUUUUUUAUUUAUUAUAAAUUUAUCCGUCCAAAUUACCUUCGUAAUCAGUAUUUCAUUUAAACUCAAGGAUGAUAAAUCGAGGAUAAGAUACCUUAUUUCGCAUUCUUAAAACGCAAAUGUCAUUCUAUCAUUCUUUUCGAGAUAAAAUUUCCUCCCAUUACGAAUCUAGCACAUAUUUGCUUUUCUCCAUUCGUUUAUUUGUUUUCUCAUCUGUCAGAAAAUUUUCUUAAUAUUCUGCGCGCUCUCAAAUAUUUUCUGGCUUUGACAUCAUGAUCAAUAAUGUGCAAUGAACUCAAAAAAAUCGAUUUUAUUUCACAGCGUUCCGUGCUUAACACCCUUUAGGGAAUGGCAAAACAGACGCCUGUGAUAAAUCUGUGAUAAUCGUAUCUCUCCUAACCUUGUUACCAGGUUUCUCUCAUGGAUGACCCCCGGAACGAGACUGGAAUCCGUCCUUAAUCGAAUUUUUGAGAGGAAAUGAUGGGUCGAUUCGCUACUUUUAGCAUUUUAGUGCUCGGUAUAUUGCCUUAAUUGCAUAUUUUUCUUUCGUAAGCGUGCGUUAAUGAAUUGCCAUUUUUAACGAUCGAUACCACCAUAUAUUGAUAACAAGGCUUUUAGUUGUGGUAGAUGUUAUAUAUUCUCUCGAUUAAGUUACAAUAUAGUACAUUAAAAAUGCCGAUGUUUAAGCCCAAGAUGAAUUUACGUCAAAAGUUUGGUAAUGGGCUAGGGGCACCUAUUAUAUAGGCUUGUUUACCAGCCGGUGGUCGGGUUAACGAAUCUGUCAGUUUAUGCAUAAAAUUCAGUUUAUCGUAAUAUGACUUAGAUUCCGGGAGUUUACUUGAAUGUUUUCAAAAAUUUAGCGGGUCAGAGUGGAAGAGAUAAGUUAGUAAGGGCCGGACUCGAUUCUGGGUUGCGGACUUCUUUCUUAUUUUUUAGUAGCGACACUUUCAAUAACAGGCCAAAAACAUUUGAAGUGUUCUAAAAAUGGCAACGGCCGUUUACGCAAGAAAAAUCCGUGAGGCCGUCCGGAUACAGUCGUUUAUGGGUGUUGCACGCACGUCAAGCCAGGCCAAUACAUGUGGGAGAUGAACUCUUUUCCUAAUCAUUUCACUUCUAAUAGUGGCCAAAGAAAUUUUUAAAAGAUCAGAUUUCUUUGCAUAAAAUGGUAAGAAACUAAUAGCACCGGUCAAAAUUUCUGCCGAAGAGCGAUGUCGCCGUAACGUUUUCCAGAAGUGAAAUGCUAACACUUCCUGUUCUUGCUAACACUUCCUGUUCUUCGAGUCAAACUAAUCAGUGGACACACUCCCAAGGCUAACUCGUCCUCAGUCGUCUCUCACUAUCUUUCCCUAGUAGCGCGCGGGGUUUGAUGGGAAGGAGGAAAGCGAGAGAGAGAGAGAGAGAGGCUUCCUCUCUUCUCUCUUCCCAUCACCCCCUGCACCCGCCGAGCGCGUUACGCGAAGACGACUGGGGACGAGUCAGCUCCAAAGGUGAUGUUCAAAGCGUUUGCCUUAGGGCUUUUUCUCCGGGUUUUCAUUUAUGGUACUCAAUUUUUUGUAAUCAGUAAUGACCUUGGCUAUUUUUACUUUCUUUAGCUCCUUGUGCUCUUGCAAUUAAAUUAAAACCACUGUAAAGAUGAGAUCUUUCCUUCACUUCUUGUAGAAUCAGAGAAAAAUCUCCAACAGGCCACAGACUUCACAGUAAAGUUAGAAGCAGCCGAGAUGUGAGUUAUUACUGAAGAAUUUGUUGUACACAAUAUUGCUUUUAUUUGAGCCUAUACCACUCCCCCCCUCCCACCCCACACCCAUGCUGAUCAACUAGUUCAUAUCGAAGGUGUGUAUGUUAUUGGAAUAGUCCUGAGGUAUUUUGCGACCUAUGGAAAAGCAAACAGGAGCACAACUAGUAUUAUUCCUUGGUAUUUUUAUUCCAUUCAAGAUUUUACAUUCUUAGAUUUGAAAGUAUAAAUGGCAGAUUUGAGUAAUUAUAAACUGAACCGAGUUUUAAAGUGAAAGUAAGCGUAAAGGCGAUAACAUGUUGGAUCAUUGCAUACAACGAAACCACGCUACAUUUCUCUUACAGUUCCGCUCAAAACCAUUUGCGCAUUCGCUCAUAAAAAAACUUCGCCGACAGAUUGCGUCAAAUUUAAAAUCGAUGAGAACAAUUCGCAGUUGUCAUCACUUUGUCCUUGUCUUCAAUUUUAUCACAUAUAUUGUCUGUUUUUGCUUUACAGCAAAAUUGAUGCCUUGCAGAAUCAGCUUACGGCAGCUUUACAAUCCACUGAGCCGUUAAGAAAGGUUAGUGCGCAUGCGCAAUUUGCAGUCCACGUGUAAUUGAGAACUUUUCAAUUGAGUGUUAUCUUACUCAUUACUUUGGCCAAUUAUCACAACACAAACUGACUUAACAUAUUCAAAUGAACCAAUCACAUCUUGAGGCUGAUCCAUGCAUGCGACGUCAACACCGUGUAAACACAAGCAAACAAGUCGUGAUUAGUGAUUGGCUGAAAAAGUUCGGUGAGAUUUUUUAGCCAAUCAUAACAAAGUAUGUACGUAAUUACUUUUAACUCUCAAUUUCAAAUUGCUCUGGUAACAAGAAAAUGCUCUCCGUUUGUGCGUUCAUUAUUUAACCCUUGAAGUCCCAAUAGUGACCAACAUCAAUUUUCUCCUAACAAUAUCCAUAUGUUGCCAAGAGAAAUGAUUAUGAGAGUUAAUAAAAUGAUCACCAAAGAAAAAAUGCUUUGAUCUGUUAUCAAACUCUCUCAACUAUUUUUUUAAGGAAAUGUAUGAAGGUCAGUAUGGAGAAUUUAUAUGUAGAUAUCUGGGCUCAAAGGGUUAAGUUCCCUAACUAUUGUCUCUGUACUGUUGUGUUGUUUGCAGAAUGUGGCAAGAUUGCACAGGGAAAAGUGUUUGGCUGACUCAAAUGUAUCAGAUAUGAAAGAAAAAGUACUGAACCUUGAGGUAUGUAUUCUUGAAAGAUUGAAAGAAAGUGAUGUUUUAUGAACGAUUAGCGUUUGCUGGACAAAAUGAAACCAACUUAAAGGCAAAACUUACGCGACAUCUGUAAUGUUCAUGUUGACUUGUAGUGUCACUCUUGACUAAUUUGCCAGAAAGUAGAGAGAAGAAUCUUGUGUCUUAUGCUACAUGUAAGUUUCUGGUUAUCCAUGUCUCUGCAGCUGUCGACCGUUUCUUUUGUCAUGCAGCGACGUUCACUGACUUGUCUAAAAUAACUUUCACAAUAGCUGUAAUAUGGUUGUGUGUUACUCGGGGUUUUCUGGGUGUUGUGGAAACCAUUUUUGGUUAGUUAUUCUUUUAUAGUUUCAAUAUUAUUCUUUUUUUUUAAUAUUUCAUCAGUGUAACGUCAUUUGGAUAUCGCGCCAUCCGCAACACGAAGAAACUAUUCCCCUACGCUUUUAAUUGGCCAAACGCCUUCGCGCCACUUUUCCAACCAAUCAGAAGUGAAAAAAAGCGUGAUUCGUCGCUGGCGUUUUCCCGCGCUUGUCGCCUGCUGCAUGCAAUUGCUCGGAUUGGCUCAUUCAAAACCUGCGCGGAUUUUGAUUGGCUAAAGCUGGCUUUGUCUCUGGAAAAAUUGCUUUGCAGAAAUUGAAUGCGGAGUUGAUGAACUCAGUAAAGUUGAAAAGUGAACAGGAAUCUGCAUUGCAGUUGGAAAAACAGGUACAAGCGAAGGAGCUCCAAAUCCAAAAGAAAAGGUAAGCGCUACUUCAACGGGGUUGUCACAAUCGAGGUAGACUUCCCACUCGUCGACCUCACGAGUUUCUAAGGGAGUGGAGCGAGCUUUUUAUAGACUUGGCAAGACCGUUAAAUCGGACAAAGGACUUUUUUAAAGUCUACGGUCAGGAAGAAGUCAGAAGAAAGAAAAAUUUUGCAAGGUCGCAGAAAAGUUAGGGACUUUUAUUAAAAGUUCGGGAAAAUCUUUGAUAUUGUCAGGGAAUUCUAUUUUCCAUGUGAAAAGCUUAGAGAUUUUGAAAAUGAAGACAGGAAUUACGUGGAUUUUUUUUAAAAUUAUAAAUCGCCUAAUGCACUGGUCAGUGAAAAUUGUUUAGAGGUCUGGGUUAAGUGAGGGAAUUUUUUAGUUUCUGUUGAGUGGCAACCCUGAUCAAUGGGUUACAUAUCAAAGACUGGAAUCGAUUGGUAUUUCUGACGUUUUGAUGACGUUAAGUUUUUUUUCUUUUUUUUUUCAGUAUAAUUUAUUUUAAAAUGGAUGCAUAGACUUGCGAAGCGAAGGGUCCAUUCUCACGAGGAGAAAGCCAUUUCCGAGUGUCUCUUAGCGUCUGUUUUAAAGCGAGGCUAAGUGCGACGCCAUUGAUGUAAAAAUCAGUGAAUUUUUAUUCUCAUGUAAAUAAAAUUCAUUUUCACAAGAAAGGUUUUGCACUUAGCCUCGUUUUGAAAGUGAUAGUUUUAUGAACUUGGAAAUGACUUAUUGGCGUCUGCUUCUUGCUACAUUUCUGGUCAACACGGGCCACUGAAAGUUUAUAAAGAAGAGCACUCCGCAAAAUCCAGCGUUUGUCCCUUUGAUACUCUGUUAUCGGUAAUUUCAUUCUGAAUUCAUUCCCUGUCUUUUUGAACAGUUUGGAGAAAAACGAGACAGCGAUUUCCAAGAUACAGGAGCAACUUAAAAAAGAGAAAGGUUAGUGUCAGCCUUACUAUGUACAUAUUUAUUAUUAUUAUAUAAACACCGAUGAAAUACCAGGUGAGCUUUCGCGCGAAAACAUGAUAUCUUCACGCGUGAAAAUAACAUGUUAUUUUCACAUGUGAGAAUAUCACCGUUGCUAUGGCUACAUAAUAAAUCGCGCCUUCCGCAGGAUAAAACUGUUUCAGUGAAAUGGUUUGGUAUUUCAUUGGUGUUUAUAUAAUAAAUAGAACAUUACAUGGCCGCUUGGAGAUACGAAAUGUGUCUUCUCGUGUUGAAAAUAUUUCUGUUGAAAUAUUUUUCAACACUCGAAGAAAAAUUUCGUAUCUCCGCGCGGCCAUGUAAUAUCCUCUAUUUACUAUUAUUAUUAUUAUUAUUAUUAUUAUUUUUGGUCAUAGUUUUACUUGUUUAAUAUGUUCACUUUAUAGGAAAAAAUAGAGAAAUAAACAAAUCACUGACGCAGGCUAACAGAAGGAUCAAGCAGCUCGAACAACAACUUAAGAAAUUCAAGGUAAUAAUUGCCUAUUUGUAACUGUUUCUUCAGAAAUCGGUGUUUAAUCGAGACAUACAAUAGGCCAGAGUGGGAUGCUUUAAAACGCCGUUUGGGUGGUGCUUCAUGUAAACCUUACUUUUGCAGCAUUUUUUUUGUUGUUGUCGUUUUGGAGCUCAUGCCUUGCACGUGCAAAUCGUACAGAAACAAAAGAUUUGCAAAAGUAGGGUUUACAUGAAACACCAAACAAACAAGAACUUAUUUUUCACUUUGGCCAAUAAUAGUUUUGAGGCGAGGAGGUCAAAAUAAUACUUCUUGAUGUCCUCCAUUAUUGUGUUGUUCUCUGAGAAAAAAAACCUUGCUCCUUUUUGAAAACAUUUGACUGUUUUUGAUACAUUUUUUAAUGGUAUAUCACCUCAUGUAGCUUUGAUAUUCACAAGCUAGACUAGGUACAUUUGAAACCAAUAUGGCUGCCUGUAAGGGUAGGUGCUCAUUCCCGACGAUCUUACGGAAAAAUAGGGGACUAUGAACAGUGGAAACGCCAAGGAGAGCGUUUCAACUAGCAAUAGCUAGGGAAUACACCGUGGUUUUCCUGUGUCAUAUGCAGUGGGUGACAUGUGGCGAGUAAACAAAGCUCCUCACUCUACCUCUUUUGUCGUAAACAGGAGGAAGCUGAAAAUUCAAAGCUUGAUGAAGAUUUGGGUGAGUUGUGGUGUGAUUUGUUUUUGCAUUUUUUGUUUUGAUAGCAGGCGAUGAUGAUAUUCUUAUUCUUUCAUUUCCCAAUGCAGCGAGAACACUUGAUGAAAACAUAUGUGGUACAGCGAGAGCAAGUAAAACAAGGUAGUGUAUCUGAAUACCGUAAAAUUCCGAAAAUAAGCCCCUCCAUGUAUAAGCCCCUCCAAAUAUAAGCCCCCCAAACCGGUAACGCAAAAAAACCUCCGUUAAAUCGCCCCUCCAAAUAUAAGCCCCCCGGGGGCUUGUACUUGGAAAAUUGCUCUCAAAUACAAAGUAAAACAAAGCAAAAACGGUAAAUUUAGUUCCAACCAUAAAGCUAGCCCAAUCGAUUUUGAAACGCAAAUUUCCCUCCGAAUAUAAGCCCCUCCAAAAAUAAGCCCCUCAAAAAGGGCCUUUGAAAAAUAUAAGCCCCGGGGCUUAUUUUCGGAAUUUUAUGGUACCUUAUUGGUUGUGAAAGAAUGAAUGAUGGUAAAUUUUAAGCUCCGUGAAACAAAUGUGAAAAUGGAAUGAUCAGCAGGUCACGAGGCUGGGACAAAAAAAAAAUCUGAGUCCUUGACAGGAUUCGAACCUAUAACCUCCCAAACACCGGGCGGGCAUUCUAUCCACUUGAACUGCGGAGAAGUCAUGGAGAGCGAGGCCAUGUACUAGGUUCAUAUUUGACACGCGUCCUGCAUACUGCUAGGAUCAGUAAUGUCGAUGUCGCAAUGUGUGGUGAAAGAAUGAAAGAUGCCAAAUUUUAAGCUCGGUGUUUGAACACCAAGGAAGCUGAUCUUUUACGACACUGUAACAACCUGUACCCGCCAUAUUACAGGGGAGUUUGUGUAGUAAUUUUCAAGAUGAUUAGUAAAUUCUUUUAGUUACAGACUCUCGUUGUUAAAACAUUUUCUCCCGCAGUUUGUUACCGUGUUAUUUCUUCUUUGCAGGCAAAAACUUAAACUUCGACUACCAGCUCAACUCUGCAACGAAACCAACGAUGACCAAUCGGAAUUCCUUCAUCCAAAUCAGGACAUGGCACAUGUUUUAGAGGAGCUAAAAGGGUUAUCUGAUAUUAGUCUCACUCUCAGCCCCCUUCCGCCAAGUCCUGACCGAGAAACACUGGAAAAUAGCAGCUCCUCAGAAGAGAGUGACGUUGAUAGUGGAGAAGAGGAUGAUGGGAACGGAAGCGAUGACGGAGAAAGUGGUUUAAGUUUAGGUGACCUUGCGGACAUGAUUAUUGGCGAGAGUACUGAGGCUGGUGAAUUGAUAGGUAGCCCUGAAGGGCCAUCAAUUGGUUCUCCAGCUUGUGACGAAGAAUCCAUCUCGAACUUUGAAGUUUCAACGAGUGUAAAUAGCAAUGCUGAUAAUGAAAGAACUGAACACAAUGAAUCUUUAGCUGAACAUACACAAAAGGACUUCAGUACCUCUGAAAGUAUGUCUUUAUCGGACUUCGCAGUUCAGACUAAUUUAGAAAAAAGAAUUUCUGAAAACGAAUUAUGUCUCGGACAAAGUGGUAUCUUGAAUCAAAAAGACGAACAUUUUUCCGGAGGUUCUUGGGCCGGCGAUGCGAAGACUGAAAAGAGAGACCUCUGGAUUGACGUCAAACCCGAAGUAGCCUCCAAGUUAUCGCCCAAAUUCACAGCCGCGCAGCGAAAGGGAAAGCGCCGUGUGGCCGCACCAACGUCACUUGUCAUGACUCGUUCCAGAGCCAAGGCGAUGAAACUCAGUGUCUCGUCCGAUGGUGACAGCGCAACAGAACCGGAGACUGGGGAAGAUGCGGAUUCUAGUCAAGCUUCUUGCCCGGAAUACGUUGCGGAGAGUUUAGAUACUGAGUUAAAACAUAAUCGGAAAUCGACGAAGGGUAAGAAAUUAGUUGCAACAGCAAACACUUAUGAAUCGGACAAAUUAAAGGAAAGUGACCCAGACGUCUUUGCAGAAGAGGGAGGUCAGAUCGCUGGUGCCGCUUACCGCAAUUCAAACAUCGAGGAGCUUGGUCACCCAGCAGCCUCGCUUUCAAGUAUGAAAAAAGAGGUUGUUAGUGAGAGUGCCUCCAAUAUAGCUGUGGUUAAACUGGACGCCGCUGUCGACAACAACACAACCACCACCACCACCACUACCAGUCCCAAUGACCACAACAUAUCUAUUGAUGAAGAAAAAUCCAUCAAUAUCGCCUCUACGAUUAUCAAAGACAAUAACAACAGCAGUGAUAGUACCAGCAUCUCUAAUAACGACGAUAAGACCGAGAACAUCGCUUCUACCGAUAGCAAUAAGAACGACAUCAAGAACCGUUCUAGCAUCACCAGCUCCGACAACAACAACACGACCAAGAUCAUCGCCACUUCUAUCACCAAGAGCAACGACAAGGACAUCUACAUUACAGUAAGUAACAGCGACAACAAUAACUCAAGCUCCCCUACUAUCAUCGCGAACAACAACGAUCACACCACCACCACUUCCCACAUCAGUAACAACGACAAAAACUUGACAACAAGAAUUAGCAACGACAAUGGCCAGAUUCGGAAUAGUCCUUCAAUUUGUGAGUCGGGUAUCAAAAAUGACGACUUAACAAACGCAACAGUGGAAGAAAAAGAUAACAUUGGAGAAAAAUCUUCAUUCGAACUCAGAAAUCAGUUCACUCAGAGUACAUCCGUUCUAGAAAACGACACAUUUUUGGUGAGUGAAGUGAGCCAGGAGGUAUUAUUAUGGGAUACCAAUAAAUGUAGUGUUGAUCAAAGCAUUUGUGUAUCUGUAUUACAAAAGGAUGAUGGGAUACUAGAACAGAAGGAAGAGCGUCGGGGCGACAAUAACAAUGGAACUCCUGAAGAUGUCGAGAAUAGCAUCAAAAUUCCGAAAGAUGACGAGGACGACAUCGGGAUUUCCGAUGUCGAGGAUAACAUCGGGCUUUCCGAAGUUGUCAAAGAUAACAUGGGAUUUUCCGAAAAUGUCGAGGCCGAUAUGGAACAUUCUGAAAUUGGCGAGGAUGACAUAGGAAUCGCUGAUGUUGUGGAUGAUAUCGAAUUUCCCGAAAAUGUCCAGGAUGAUAUCGGAAUUCCGGAAGAUCUCGAGGAUGAUCUACAAAUUUCUGACGUUGAAGAAUCUCCUGAUUCAGCGUCUGCUGAAAACAUAUCCAAAAAUGAACGUAAACGAAACAUUCCUGAAGAAGUGCGUUUGCCUAUUCAGAAGGAGGGGAUACGGUCCGCUGCUAUGUCACAUGAGACACUGCCCAACACAACGAUUGUAAGUUUCUCAUUGAAAUCGGAAGAAGAAAGAUCUAUUGAACGAUGCUCGACUAGCGUUACCAUUCUUCCAGCAACGGCUAAACUGACUCAUUUGGAAGACAGUACCUCGGCUUGUAAGGAAGGCAUUCUGAUGUAUUCUUCGUCCGUGCCAAGUUCAGAAACGUUAAAGGAUAAGAUCUCCGUAGCUGAAAGGCCAAUCGACAAUUUUAAUCAUGAUCUUACAGCGACACAAGCAAAAGUUACAUUAAUGCCGACAACGAGAUCUUCAGACUCAAUGCGAAAAGUUGGAAUUUCCAAAACCACUGUGAAAAAAAGAGUGAUGGGCAGUACUUUGAAUAACGAAUUUGGGCGCUCGUUUAAAGAGAAGCGGACCGAGCUGUCGAGAACUAGAAACUCGCAAGAAGAAAAUAUAAUAGACUUUCCCCCUGUUGCUACUCAGGAAGCUAAGGAAAUUUCGAAUGAAGAUAGAAUGUGUGACGAUAGUGACAGCGAUUUUUCCAAUGUUGGAGCUACAAUCAAAGUGAUAGAGAAAAUGUCCCCUCCUUUAUUAGGUGUAUUUGGAACAGAGAGUGAACUUCAAGAAAGUAAAUCUUUGCACGCACCUUAUGAAGUAGAUUCGCAGGAGCAGGCAAACAUACAUUCUGAAGUAAUAGACGAUUUGUCGAUAAACAUUUUGAUGGAUCAUCUUGGAGUUGCUCUGGGGGAUCAAUUCCGCACUUUAUCCCCUCUUCCGCCUUCUCCACGCCCCUCAGUUGACGAAAUGUGUCGCGUUUCUCCAGUUGAGGACUUGAUCGGGGAUUUUCCUCCUCUUUCACCGCUCCCUCCGUCGCCUUGUUCUCUCGAGGAGAAAUCGUCUCCGAAACCUUCAACUUCUGUCGCUGAUUUCAGCAAGCAAACGCAAGAAUGCGUCAGCAACGCAACGAACAUUGCAACGUCCACACAACAUCAACAAUUGACAUCGAGUUACACUGAGCUUGUAACAAAGAGUAUCAGGAGAAUAUCGCGAAUUAAUCAAGCUGAAAAUAUUACGAAAACUUGCAAUCCUGACCUUUCACAGAAGAAUAAGACAAUUAAGAGUAAAACAGGGAUGUCGAAGCCAGUUUAUCUGAAAGAACGAAAAUCACUGAAGCGUCUCAUUCAACGAACUACUUCUGAAUCAUCAGGAAAUGAUGUUAGUAGUGGUUCUCAGUCCAAAAAAAUAAGAACGGUUAAUCAAACACAAGAAACCUCUUCUGUGUUGCAAGGAUUGGAAGCUCAAACAUCAAUGACCACCAGUACCAAUAAGGAGGGAAUAUUGGACAUAGAUACCAAUGAGGGACCGAUGUUGGCCAAUACGUUUGAACAACUAUCAAAGAGUCUUACUGAAAAUAAGCACUCAGUACCGAAGAAAGCUAAUGCAAAAAACAUAACAAACACAGCUGAGCCAAAAGACAGCAAAUAUCGGCCUCUUUCAACCCGACCGAAAUACCAAUCUGAAUAUAAGUACGUUGAAAAAUGUCUGGUACGUUUACGAGACGACAAUGUAAAAAUGAGCGUGGUAGUUGAGAGACUCACCAGUGCUAAAUGCCUCUCCUCUUGUACCAUUUUCAGUUCUGCUGUUGUUCAGUUUCUUAAAAAGCGCGAGGAUGACUUGAUGCCAGAAAUUCUGAACCAGCUUGAAGCAAUUCAACCAGAUGGCGAUUCUGUGGAAUGGAAUCCUGUUGAAUCUGGUUUUGAAGCACGUUUGUUGGAGUUACUCACUCAGUUGCGUGACAGUGAGACCAUAUUUGGGAACGUUUUUUCCCAGAUGGUAACGCUGUGUUCUCGGAGUUUGAUCACAACUUGCUGUCACUCUAGAGGUGACAAUUUGAGAGGAACCUUAUCUCUUUGGUAAGUACCUAAUUAAUAGAGAAGAAAAGGGUGUGACGUCACUAACAUUCAAAUUUGCGAAAUUAUGUGAUUGGUUUGCCUUGGGUACGAUAUUCAGAAAGAACAAAAUGAAAAUAGCCCCCCUUGGCAAACGUCACCCUGUUGGUGCAAAUUGGUGAGGAGAUAUAAGCAGCGCUUUGCUCUGAUGACUCCAUACAAAUCCUUCUAAAAUUGGCUUGGACAAUUUUUAUGGGGCCAUCACAGCGUAACGGUGCUUAGAUGUCCUCACCUAUUUGCACUAACAGCCUGAUUGUUAGUAGGUAAACAUUUUUCGUCUUGUUCUUUCUGGAUAUGCCAAUCAAUGCCAUAAUUUCAAAAAGAAGCUCUUUUGCCGUCAUCAUAUCACUUGUUUUCUCUAUUUAACGAAUGUUUAACAACAGUGCAGUAUUACAAAUAUGAAAAGAAGUUUUUCCUGCUUUUCCUGUUUUCCAGUCGUGUCUUGACCGGCAGUUGUCAGAUCCAAGAAGAUCUCGGUUGCAUUCGAGUUGUCUGUUAUGACGUCAUGCGUUCGCUGUACAAACACCAGAAUUCAGGCUUAGAGCUGAUAGUUUCCAUGGUAACAGUUUGGCCAGAAGUGCUGAAAACAUCGUCACGUUUCUCGGAUGAGAAACAGUCGCUUAUUCUUCGUACAUUGAAGGUUGUGUUGUUGUAUUGGGCGAACUCAGCGACGGAUUUUGGCAACGUUCUUCGAGUGCUUUGCGUUUGGAAAGACGAACCAGUGACCAUAGAAACAGUCAAAGAUUUUGGAAUGCAGCUUUCAAAAUUGCUUAAUAAAGAUACAGUGGCUAAUUUCUGCAUUGGUGAAGGUGAGAGUUAAACGUAUGUAGUUUUCUGGGAAACUGCCCACCUACCCCUCCCCUAAGCCAACAACAUUUUGCCCUAAGUGAGAAUGAACUGAAAACGUUGGCUUAGGAGAUGGGUAGGUGGGCAACUUCCCAGAAACCUGAGACUGAUCCUACAUAUUUUAGGUUAUGGUGCCAAAAGGAAAUUGUUUCAGUGUGAAAAUCAGCAUAAACUCUGUUAAUAUUGGCUUACAGUCAAGCCAGGUCAACCGUACCCUUCCAAAAUGCCAUUAAUGAAUUUAUUAUUCGAAAGUUGAGUCCGUUGGCAGUAGAAGAUUUCAGAUUCAUCUCUACGUUCUUGCAUGCGUAAUGAGCCGUGAAUUCACACGCGAUUGAGUUACAAAAUUUCUAUUAGUUCAGUUUCCCUGAACCUGAUGUAAAUGUCUUCUUGACUAAGAAUUUUAAUUCAUUCAAAGAUUUUCAAUCUGACCAAAUACAGACAAGUUCUCGUAAAUUAUUCACUGCUCAUUACGCAUGCAGGGAUCCCGAUUUGAAUUUGACACUUGUUACGGGAACGACUAACGGAUUCAUUUUUCAAAUAAUCAAUUCAUUAAUAGAAUCUUGGGGGGUACGCUUGACCUGUUUUGACUGUAAAGAUGGAGUAAAUUGCUGCCGGUGUGACAGUGGGUAUAGAGACUGCUUCUUCUGCUGGAAAAAAAGUGGUUAAUCUUGAUCUACUUAUUUGAAACGUGCCCAAAAAAUCAACGGCACUCCUCUAAUUAGUGAUUGCGCCAAAGUUUUGGUUUUGCAUUGUUGCACACUGUGAUUGGCUGAAAAAUAUCUUACCACUUUCUUAGCCAAUCACGUGUAAGCUAAAGGUACACGUUUUCCCGCGUUUAAGUAUGCUUCAGAUUUGCGUCGAGUUCAGAUUGGUCGUGGCUUUGUUCUGACUGGCUAAAAAAAUUGCUCUGCUUCUGGUCUCCGGAUAGUCGAAGGAAGACCGCUCUCUAUACCGAACCAGGGGCGGAUCUAGGGGGAGGGUGCAGGGGGUGCACACCCCCCCCCCCCCCGGGAUGACCUGCGGUUUUUUAAUACAACUGGUAUUCUGCAAAAAAAAAAAAAACAAUGGGUUUUUUUGUGUUUGAAGGAGAGAAAGAAACGAGGCCACCCCCUCCUAAAAAAAAACCUGGAUCCGCCCCUUCGAACAUUCGGUUUCUUUUUUUUAAAAAAAAAAAAAGAACUAUGUGGUUUAUUGGUGUUGAAGUAGAGCAAGAGACGAGUGCACCCCCUCCUAAAAAAAAUCCUGGAUCCGCCCCUGCGAACAUUCAGUAUCAUUGAUUACAUUCAACCAAUUGCUUUUUAAUGUGGUCUAUGUUAAAUUUAGACGGAACUUUGGUCGCGGACAGACAUUCAUUUGAGCUCCUCAAGUCACUUGAGUUAUUGUCCUGUGUUCUCGGCUGGCCAUGGGUCUUCAAUGAGCUAAUAAUCAAGAACAUAUGGAGAUUACUGCAGAAAUGGGCAGACGAAGAGCCAGUCACGAUGAAACGUGAUGAGGACGCUGUAACCAUUGGCGAACCAAAUGAGAAUCUUGAAAUAAAUCAAAGACCUUCCACACGGAAAAGUGACAUUUGUGGCUGUCACACAACAUCAGUGAGAAGUGUGGAACGAAAAGCUGACGAGUUGAACAGUGGUAUCCUGGGUGAAAUGUGUUCAAACUGUGGAAAAGUGACUGCCAGGCUCCCAGAAUCACAAAUUAUUCUUUGCAUUCAACUCUUAGGUGGGUUAAAUUCAGUAUUUAACCAAUGAAGACGCUUUAUUAUCAAAAUACUAAACUUGAGGCUCGAUGUUCGUGCCUGUCUAAUAGUUAGCGCCUCGUACGUCGGAUCUAAAGGUCUGCCAGAAAUCAAACCUCUCUAUCGCAAUUUUUCCUUAGACAAGACCCUUGAAGGUUUGCGCGGGAAUUCUCCGCCUAGGCAUGUAGCUAGUUACUGUGACGCACGUGAUCAACCUCGUUCCCAGGGCGAGAGAGAGAACCCUGGGAACGAGGUUGGUUCAUGAUGGCGUCAUUUUACUACUAUGACCAGGAUCCUUCAGGGUUUUGCUUCCUCGUGCAAAUUAGGCCUUUUGUUAUUUAAACCUCACUGGGGCUAAAAAAAUUUAAAUAUGAAAAGAAAACCGAAAAGAAUUCUGGUCGUAGUAGUAAAAUGACGUCACCGUGCAAAUGGCCUUUUUCGCGUACUAUCAAUUUUAUGCGUUUUGCGGGAACCUACUUUCACGAGUUUCAAAAAUAUCUUGGGAGGUAUUUUGAUCAGAAUCUCUACUUAAAAAGCAGAAUUAGAAAUUUAAGGAUUUUAAAACUACUUGUCAUUAUAGCCUGAUACGCUCUUCGUUUGUAGGGAUUUUAUGCAGGAUUGCAAUUGAAAAUAACCAAACUCCUGUGCCUGAAGUAACAGACCUUUUAUGCGGACUGAUGGAAGAAACAACGAACUCGAAAGGUAUGAAACACUUUCCGUGAUGCUCUGGAAGAGCUGUUUAAUUUUCGUUUCAGGUGGCCACAUAUAGUGCAGUACAUCUCCUGGGUAAAGUUCCUGGAUAAACGUUAUGCGACGUUUGAAGAGCAGUUUGUCGAUUUUUGGUGGGAAAGCAUCAAUAAAACCUCCUUUUAAAUGGUCUUCGCGGACUGAUUUUAUAAGCGAAUCCUUGCUGACGUCAAUGUUUACAUUUUUGCUCAUUAGUAUACCGGUUAAAAAAUAGAGGACGUCGCCGUAUAUGCAGAUAAUAUUCAAAACUUGAAAGAGUUGGUUAAUUUGAGCACUUCGUCGAAGUUUCAGCUCUUUGCAACCAUAACAAAGGAACUAUCAGCAAUCAAAAACUGCGAAAUUGCUUGUUGGCCAAAACGUUAAUGACCUUAUACAUACUUUUUUAAGCUUAGGGGCUUUUAAAGAUAAUUUUAGAGAUAACUGAAAUUGUUCUGUUCUUUUAAUAUGCAGGGAUUUUCUUUUAUAAGCUUCUUCAGAUAAUGAUAAACAUAUGUAAAAUUAGGCAAAAAAUAUCAACAAGGAUUCGCCUAUAUACAGCAUAGUGAACAGUACGGGGGAAGUUCUCGUCUAUAGCUGUCAUUUGAAUGUGCUAGUUUCAAAACUUUCCUUUUUCUUUGUAGUGACGUAUGCCAUACAACUCGCUGCUGCAGUUUCUCUUCUCGACAUGUCUCCAUGGCAACCAGAUAGAAUGAUCGCUCUUCUCAGCAAGUGGCUCGCAGAACUGAAGGAGUUGGGCUCUAACCAGGCUCCCGCGUGCGUGACAGACGGCCUGGUGUGUCUAAAGAGUAUUGCUAAGUCAAAACAAACUUGA